AGAGUAAGUGACGUCACACAAUGAAGAGGGCGCUUUCAUACUCGAAUUUGAAAGUAGAACGUAAACAUGGCCUUGUCGGUGACGAACAGCUUUGCAACGAAUGCUUUCAAAUACUUGAACCGAUGGAGUGUACAUUACCAAACUGCAGCAUGUGUCCUAGUGAAUUCAUGUCAGCAUUACAGUACAACCAGGUCCAAACCAAAGACAGGAAUCCUGAUGUUGAAUAUGGGGGGACCAGAGACAGAGGCCGAUGUACAGGGCUUCUUAACACGACUCUUCCUAGACCGAGAUCUGAUGCAGCUCCCAGCUCAGCGAGUGCUUGGUCCACGUAUUGCCCAACGAAGAACACCAAAAAUUCAGGAACAGUACAGGAAGAUUGGUGGAGGAUCUCCGAUCAAAAGUUGGACGGAGAUUCAGGGUAAAGGGAUGGUCAAGCUGCUGGACCAGAUCAGUCCACACUCAGCUCCACACAAAUUUUAUGUUGGGUUUCGGUAUGUCCAUCCACUGACAGAGGAGGCUAUAGAGGAAAUGGAAAGUGAUGGGAUUGAGAGAGGUGUGGCAUUCACUCAGUAUCCUCAGUACAGCUGCUCGACCACUGGUAGCAGUAUCAAUGCUUUCUACAGACACUAUAGUAAGCGAGCACAACCUUCUAACAUUUUGUGGAGCUGCAUCGAUCGCUGGCCAACCCAUCCAGGCCUUGUACAGGCUUUUGUAGAAAGCAUUCAAAGUGAGCUGUUAAAAUUCCCUGAUGAAGAUCGUGAUGAUGUCGUAAUCCUAUUCUCUGCCCAUUCUCUUCCUCUCAAGGUUGUAAACAGAGGAGACCCGUACCCAGCAGAAGUAGGAGCCACUGUCAACAGAGUGAUGGAGGCUCUUAACUACAGCAAUCAAUAUCGCCUAGUGUGGCAGUCCAAGGUUGGGCCUCUUCCUUGGCUGGGACCACCCACAGACAAUGCAAUAGAAGGAUUGGCUGCUAAAGGGAAGAAGAACAUCUUGCUAGUCCCCAUAGCCUUUACUAGUGACCAUAUUGAAACUCUGUACGAGUUGGACCUGGAAUAUGCUGAAGAAUUGGGAGAAAAGCACAAUAUCAACAUCAGAAGAGCCCCAGCUAUGAAUGACAGCUCAACAUUUGUAAAGGCUCAGGCAGAUCUAGUGAAGUCUCACUUGGAAUCUAACAAAGCUUGUUCCAAACAAUUGUUGCUGAGGUGUCCAAUGUGUGUGAACAACACCUGUGGUCAGGCAAAACAGUUCUUCAGUGACCAGCAGGCCCUACUGAACACUCGCAGAGAACAGGAAAAUGUCGACAAAAAGAUGUCAGCCCAAGCAUGAUUAUUAAUCUGAAUGGCCAUAGUAACUGUUAUUAUGAAUAUUACUAAACAUUAUUGUCCUUUCUGAAAUAAAGAGGUAUUUCUGGUA